AAGGUGAGGCACGAGGGGCAAGGAAGAAGCGACAGAUUGGGUCACAGCGAAGACGAUGAGCGGGAUUAAGCUUCCAGACAAGAGAAAAAAAGGGCCUUGGUAUGCGUUGGGAAUAUGUCAGAGAUGCCAAUGUUGGACCAAUUGUUUUGUUUGUCUCAUCACUUCACAGUCCCACUAAACAUUCUCACCUUGGUCCUCGUUGAUGCUCCUGUUUUCACUUUUUCAGUUCCCCUUCGAUUCACCGUUUUCUCGUUUUCCCCAUCCUGGCUUAAUUAGCUUUCUACCAAGGACUGGUAUACCAGACCAGACUGACCCUUUUAUCUCAAAAAAAACUCUCGUGAGUGCAGUUAUAUCACUGACAGCCCUGCAUUUCUUUAGUGAAACUAUGAUGCUUUCGUGGUCUUGCCAUUGAUAGCUUCCUGGGUCAAGAUAGAGAUGAGAAAGAUGGUGGUGAUGGGAUUUCGCCAGCUGGUGGUUUUCUUGCUUCUGUCCAUGGCUGUGCUUCAUGGCUGCAUGGGAAAUGAUGAUGCUUCUAUUCAACUUAAUGAUGACGUUCUUGGCCUGAUAGUCUUCAAAUCAGACAUUAAAGACCCUUCUUCUUAUCUUGACUCGUGGAAUGAAGACGAUAACUCGCCGUGUUCAUGGAGAUUCAUACAAUGCAAUCCUGUCAAUGGUCGAGUUUCCGAGGUCUCUCUUAAUGGCUUGGGUUUAUCAGGAAAGAUUGGUAAAGGCCUUCAAAAGUUGCAAUAUUUGAAGGUAUUAUCACUUUCUCAUAACAAUUUUAGUGGUAGCAUUAGUCCAGAGAUUGGUCUUAUUGGCAGUCUUGAAAGGCUUAACCUUAGUCAUAAUAGUCUCUCAGGACGUAUUCCAAGCUCUUUUGUCAAUAUGAAUUCAAUCAGGUUUCUCGAUCUUUCCGGGAAUUCUCUCUCAGGUUCAGUCCCUGAUGAUCUCUUUCAAACCUGCUCAUCACUUCGAUAUCUCUCUUUAGCUGAGAAUUCACUUGAAGGGCAACUUCCUAGUACACUAGCUAGAUGCUUCUCUUUGAACACCCUUGAUCUCUCUAAAAACCAUUUUUCUGGUAACAUAGAUUUUGCUUCUGGGAUUUAUAAUAUGCAGCGGCUUCGAACUUUGGAUCUAUCCCAUAAUGAAUUUUCUGGGACAGUGCCAGAAGGGGUCUUCGCCCUGCAUAACUUAAAAGAGCUCCUGUUACAGGAUAACCGCUUCUCAGGACCAAUGCCUCUAGAUAUUGGAUUGUGCCCACAUCUAAAUACAUUGGAUUUGAGCUAUAAUCUUUUCACUGGACCACUCCCAGACUCUCUCCAGAGGCUAAAUUUCUUGUCUUUCUUCAGUUUAUCAAACAAUAUGUUCACUGGUGAUUUUCCUCAAGGGAUUGGUAACAUGAGCAACUUGGCAUACCUGGACUUCUCCAGCAACAGUUUAACAGGAAGCCUGCCAUCAUCAAUGGGUAACCUGAAAGCACUAAAUUAUUUGAGGUUGUCAAAUAAUAGGCUUACUGGAAAUAUACCAACAUCACUAGGUUACUGCUUCCAGUUAUCAACUAUCCACUUAAGGGAUAAUGGAUUCAAUGGUAGCUUACCGGCUGGUUUGUUUGACCUGGGAUUGGAAGAGAUAGAUUUUUCCAAUAAUGCGUUAACAGGUUCAAUUCCACGUGGUUCAAGUAGACUAUUUGAGUCUCUCCAAGAAUUAGAUCUCUCUAGAAACAGUCUCCAAGGAAGUAUCCCUGCAGAAAUGGGUCUUUUUGCCAACAUGAGGUACUUGAAUUUAUCAUGGAACAAUCUUCAGUCAAGGAUACCACCAGAGCUUGGGUUAUUUCAGAACCUAACCGUGUUGGAUCUUCGAAACAAUACCUUAUACGGUGCUGUUCCAGGGGACAUAUGUGAAUCUGGAAGUUUGGCUAUUCUUCAAAUGGAUGGAAAUUCAUUGACUGGGCCAAUUCCAGAAGAGAUUGGGAACUGUUCAUCUCUCUACAUGCUGAGCUUGUCUCACAACAAUCUAAGUGGUUCCAUCCCCAAAACAAUUUCGAAUUUAAGCAAGCUUAAGAUUCUUAAACUGGAGUUCAAUGAGCUAAGUGGAGAAAUACCACAAGAGAUUGGACUGUUGCAAAACCUUCUUGCUGUAAAUAUAUCAUACAACCAACUCACAGGCAGGCUUCCUGUAGGAGGUAUAUUUCCAAGCUUGGACCAAAGUGCUUUGCAGGGAAAUUUGGGAAUUUGUUCACCUUUGUUGAGGGGACCAUGUAAGAUGAACGUGCCAAAACCUUUAGUUCUUGAUCCAGAUGCCUACAACAGCCAAAUGGGUGGUCAUAGGCAAAUAAAUGAAUCCUCAAUUCCGACAAAAUUCCAUCGUCACAUGUUCCUCAGUGUUUCUGCAAUUGUUGCAAUUUCAGCAGCUAUUCUGAUUGUAUCUGGGGUGAUAAUUAUAAGCCUCUUAAAUGUUUCUGCUCGAAGGAGACUUGCAUUUGUGGAGACUGCACUGGAAAGCAUGUGCUCAAGCUCUACGAGAUCAGGAAGUCUGCCCACAGGCAAGCUCAUUCUGUUUGAUUCAAAGUUAUCACCUGAUAGGAUUGGCAAUCCUGAAGUCCUACUUAACAAAGCUGCUGAGAUCGGUGAAGGAGUCUUUGGAACCGUUUACAAGGUCCCAUUGGGUGCUCAAGGAAGAAUUGUGGCAAUCAAAAAGCUUGUGACAUCAAACAUAAUCCAAUAUCCAGACGACUUUGAUCGAGAAGUUCGCGUGUUGGGAAAAGCAAGGCAUCCAAAUUUGAUAUCACUAGAAGGGUACUACUGGACUCCUCAGUCUCAGCUUCUGGUGACGGAGUAUGCACCUAAUGGAAACUUGCAAACAAAGCUCCAUGAAAGAAUAGGUUCGGCCCCACCACUUUCUUGGUCCAACAGGUUCAAAAUUAUUCUUGGGACAGCUAAGGGACUUGCUCACUUGCAUCAUUCCUUCAGGCCACCAAUAAUUCACUACAACAUAAAACCAAGUAACAUCCUGCUAGAUGAGAACAGCAAUCCAAAGAUUUCAGAUUUUGGACUGGCAAGGCUUCUGAUGAAGCUCGAAAGGCAUGUGAUCAGCAACAGGUUUCAGAGUGCGCUAGGAUAUGUGGCACCAGAGCUGGCAUGUCAGAGCUUAAGGGUUAAUGAGAAAUGCGAUGUAUAUGGUUUUGGGGUGUUAAUCUUGGAGCUUGUGACAGGAAGGAGGCCAGUUGAAUAUGGAGAGGAUAAUGUGGUGAUACUAAGCGACCACGUAAGAGUUUUGCUUGAGCAAGGGAAUGUGUUAGAGUGUGUCGACGUGAGUAUGGGUGAUUAUCCGGAGGAUGAAGUGUUGCCGGUGCUCAAAUUGGCGCUGGUAUGCACCUCUCAGAUACCGUCCAGUAGGCCUUCCAUGGCGGAAGUGGUGCAAAUACUGCAAGUUAUCAAGACCCCAGUUCCACACAGAAUGGAAAUAUUCUGAGAACUAAACUUGUCCCAUGAUUUUUCUUAGCUUUUACCACCAACUUAUUUCCACACUUGUCCAAAACUAUUUCUUAAUUCUUGCUCUUUCCUACUAUUUAGCAAGAUUUCUGCUAUCAGUUGUUGGAAUUCUGCCUUUUCUUUA